GAGUAUAAAGGUGCAACGCUCACUAAUUACUCGGUCAAUAGCAGUCACCUAAAUAAUUGGCGGAAAGGAACCGUACUAAAGCAGAAACGGGCACCCCAUCAAUUAGUGCCACCUGUCGGACACGCGCCACGCAUUAAUUCGCACUUGCAAUAUAUUUGCCCUCAAAAAACUUCAAAAUAACUGGCAUCAGUGCACCUGCGGCAAACUCUUGACGGAUACACUUAAAUGUUCACAAAAAGGAUUCAGGUGUAGCCCCGCUCGCAGGGUGCUGGCGCUAUGAUCAUGUUAUUCAAAGGCAAUAGCAGCAGAUUGGAGCAUUUGAUAGAGAAAAUACAAGCUAAUAAAGAAAAUCACGACGUCUCCUCGGAAGAUAUAAAGGAGGCACUGGGCAGCGUGGGCAGCACGGCGGGCAGCUCCUGGCCCUCUUCCACGCCGGAACCCUCGCCGUCUCCCGCCUCCACACCAACGUCAGCUGACGCGGUAGACCCGGAGGUGGAGGGCGAGCCGCCCUUCACGCUCGGCGCUACGGAACACACCCCCUAUCAGUGCCAGUUCUGUGAUAAAGCCUUCCCAAGGCUUUCUUACUUGAAGAAACAUGAACAGACUCAUUCAGAUCAAAUGCCGUUUCGUUGCGAAUUCUGUUCGAGAUUAUUCAAACACAAGAGAUCUCGUGACCGCCACGUCAAACUGCACACUGGCGAUAGAAAAUACCGAUGCGCACACUGCGAAUCAGCGUUCUCCCGCAGCGACCAUUUAAAAAUCCACAUGAAGACGCACGACAACCAGAAGCCGUUCCAAUGUACGGUAUGCAACCGUGGAUACAACACUGCAGCAGCGCUCACAUCCCACAUGCAAGGUCAUAAGCGAGAUCGUGAUGGGCGCGAGGUCGACAGACGAAGAGCUUUGCGAUGUGUCCGCUGCGGAGAGAGCUUUCGGCGACCUGAUAUGCUGCAGGCACAUAUGACAACAGCUCAUGGCGCUAUGACUCCACCUCGUCGCGUCGCCUCUCAACCACCGCCUACACUUCUCGCGUGUAUUUAUUGUACUCGUGAUACAUUCACUAGCAUGGAACAAUUGCAGCUUCAUGUGAGAGCAUCACAUUCGGCCCUAUUAAAUGGCGAAGGACCAACAGUUACUGUAGAACAACCGACUCCAACGGAUUUAAGCCGUCGCGGAUCAGAAGGAACACCUCCAGUGAAACGGCCUAGAUCAAGUUCAGGAUCAGCUACACCUCAGACAGUUCUAUCACCGAGUACGUUGCUAUGCAAUCAGUGUGAUGCGGCUCUACCAGAUUUUGAAGCUUUCCGAGCACAUUUGAAAGGUCACCUUGAAGAGGGUGGAAACUUGGCACAAACAAGUCCAACUCCCUGCUUACAUUGCGGAGCGACAUUCACAGAUCCGGUCGCCUCCGAACGUCACCUAGCAGCACAUUAUUUGGCAGUGUCAUGUGAAUACACAUGUCACAGUUGCGCUCGAAGUUUUUCCUCGCCUGAUGACCUUCAAAAGCACCUUUUCGAUCAACAUGCAAAUAGCCUGUACCGUUGCACACUUUGCAAAGAGAUUUUCGAAUCAAAAGUUGCAAUCCAGGUCCAUUUCGCCGUAGCACACAGCGGUGAGAACAAAAUCUGGGUGUGUCGUUCCUGUGGCUCCAACGGGGGUGCGUUACGUUCUGAAGCGGAGUGCACUGCGCAUGUACGCAACCGGCACGCAGCUGCGCGAUGCGCGUGCGGUGCGGUGGUGGCCGGCGCAAGAGCUCUGCGGGAACACGCGGCUGCGCACCAUAGCUAUAGGUGUCCAGUCCCUGCGUGUACUGAUACCUUCGCGGUACAAUACUUGCUAGAGCGGCACAUGCAAGUCCAUCAUACUAUUCCGCAGGACGUCAACGGAGACAUACCUCGGGCCAAACAAUCGGAAAACAACAACGCUAUAGAAAACGAUUGUUCGCCGUGUCUCACCGGCGAGAACCAAACAGAGGAGCGUAGACGCAAAAACGGUGCGGUUGCGUUGCAGUGCGCGUACUGCGGCGAGCGCACCCGCAGCCGCGCUGAACUGGAGGCACAUACACGCGCUCACUCGGGCAAUACGGCUGCAAGGCAUAAGUGCCUUAUAUGUGACGAAGUAUUGCCGUCCGCGGCUGUGCUCGCGGAACACAAGCUUACACAUUGCAAGGUAGUCGCUGGAGACACAUGCGCGCGAUGUCGCUCGCGGCUAACAUCAGAAGAAGCGUACCUAACGCAUAUGGCGCGUCACCACCCCGCCCUCCCUGCGCCUUGUAUCAUUUGUCGACAAACUUUGGCUUCAGAAGCUGAAGCUCGACUUCACGCAAGGUUCCAUCUCCGACCUAAUGAGGAUGAGCAGCGUUGUGCUAUUUGUUUAAAAACCUUAUCAGAGAGUGAAACCGGUGAAGGCGUUCGCGCAUGUUCUUCGUGUUAUGCGAGACAUGCAGCGCCGCGUCCUCCCCCGCCGCCCACCGCAGACAAUGAUUGCAGACUAUGUCGGCGUUCCCUGGAAUCGCCAACUCGACUGCAGACGCAUCUCAUAGAACACACUUUCGCUGGCAUCGGCUCCUUCAGUUGCUACUUGUGUUCUGCCGUAUUCACGAGCGCCGCUGGCUUGCAACGUCACUUACCCGAACAUCCCGCUGCUUCGCGACCUUAUGACUGUGCUCGUUGCGGCCUCAAGUUCUUCUUUAGAGCGGAACUAGAUAAUCAUGCGUUAAUUCACUUAGAAGAAGCCGAAUUAGCUCAAAGAGCGUUCUAUGAAGCUUACGCUAGAGGAGCUGCUUCGGCUUGGGCUGCGUUGCAAUCUGAUCCGUCUCCAAAUACCACUACGGCUCCGCCACCAGAAGUUCAAGUGAAACAAGAGAAUGAAAUCAAAGAAGAGAGAAACGACGAAUAUAUUGAAGUAUCGUCGCCACCUCCUGUGCGGCCAAGGUCAUCCACACCUGUACCUCCCGUUGUGAAACAAGAGAAGCCAGAUGAAGAUUAAAGUUUAGACGUUUGUUGAGUGCACCAAGUGUAUUUUGGCCAAAACUAUAUGACAAUAAAGUAGCAUUCCGUGGAAAAGUAAUAAUAAAAAAUCACUUCGUCAAUGGUUAAAUUAGUGUAUGUCAAGAACAAUAUCGUCCUACGCGGGUAACAUCCCGCAAUGCAAUACUAGAUAACGUCCUGAGCAAUGUUAUAGGUAAAUAUAAGUUUGUUGAAUGUUAAUUCUUAGUUAAAUUUUGUUAAUAUGCUGCGUUUAGAACGCUAUUCCAUGUAUGUAUAGAACGCUACGUAAGUAGGUAUGUAUAGAUAGCUCGUAUGUAUAGUUUUUGCUGAAACAUGUUUUACAAUGUUUACAUCGCUAUUAAAUUACACUGUUAUCCUUAUAAAUUAUUGUGUUAAGCUAUCUCACCUUAUUGUCUUUGUUUUUACCAGUAUUAUAUAAAAUAGAAA